GGAAGGCGAGGGGCACCAUCCCAAAAACCCGAAACAAAUCGAAUCGAGUUGGGGGAGAAGGAAAAAAGCGAAGAGCACGCGCCGCCGCCAGCACCGCGCCCGCCAUGGCCGCCGCCUCCUCCCGCCGCGCGUCGCAGCUGCUGGGGUCCGCCGCCUCUCGCCUCCUCCACGCGCGGGGCUUCGCCGCGGCGGCCGCCGCCGCGCCCUCGCCGGCGGUCUUCGUCGACAAGAGCACCCGCGUGAUCUGCCAGGGCAUCACGGGGAAGAACGGCACCUUCCACACCGAGCAGGCCAUCGAGUACGGCACCAACAUGGUCGGUGGAGUGACUCCUAAGAAAGGUGGAACUGAACAUUUAGGGCUCCCAGUGUUUAACUCCGUAGCAGAGGCUAAGGCUGAAACAAAAGCCAAUGCAUCUGUUAUAUAUGUUCCGCCACCAUUUGCCGCUGCUGCUAUAAUGGAGGCAAUGGAGGCUGAGCUCGACCUUGUUGUCUGCAUUACAGAAGGAAUUCCUCAGCAUGACAUGGUGAAAGUGAAGGCUGCACUAAACAGGCAGUCAAAAACUCGAUUGAUUGGGCCAAAUUGCCCUGGUAUCAUUAAGCCUGGUGAAUGUAAAAUUGGAAUCAUGCCUGGUUACAUCCACAAGCCAGGGCGUGUUGGGAUUGUAUCUCGUUCUGGUACCUUGACAUAUGAAGCGGUGUUUCAAACAACAGCUGUAGGUCUGGGGCAGUCAACUUGUGUAGGCAUUGGUGGUGACCCAUUCAAUGGCACGAAUUUUGUUGAUUGCCUUGAAAAGUUUGUUGAUGAUCCUCAGACAGAAGGUAUUGUUCUCAUUGGUGAAAUUGGAGGUACUGCUGAGGAGGAUGCUGCAGCAUUCAUCCAGGAAAGCAAAACACAAAAGCCUGUUGUUGCAUUCAUUGCUGGACUUACGGCACCCCCGGGUCGUCGCAUGGGUCAUGCUGGAGCGAUUGUGUCAGGAGGAAAGGGUACAGCCCAGGACAAAAUCAAGGCACUCCGAGAGGCUGGUGUGACUGUCGUGGAGUCGCCAGCAAAAAUUGGUUCUACCAUGUUUGAAAUCUUCAAGCAGCGUGGAAUGGUAGAGUAGAGAGACAAAGUGGUACAGUAGAGACUGGAAAACCUCUUUUUGGUGCUCGUGGGGUAAUUGCGAGCAAUUCCUUGGCAGAGGCGUGUCGCUGGCCACAAAACAAAACUACUCAGGCUUCCUUUUCUUCCUUACCUGUCUGCAGUGUGCACCAGGAUCCUUCCCAUGAGGUCAUUUCAAUAAGACAUUCUGGAUUCACUGAUAUGCUGUUUCACUUGGAGUCAAUGUGGAUGCCAAAGCUGUAUGCUGUUUCACUUGGAGUCAAUGUGGAUGCCAAAGCUGUUUUAAUUUUUAUCAUUUGACAAAGUUUUCAAAUUAGGCUUAUUGAUCUGUUGGCAUGUCUUCGUGCACAUUGUAUUAUUUCCAUGCGGCUACUGAAAAUUUGCAGAUUUUGUCACCGGAACAAUAAAGGCCUCACAUUGCUAA